AUGGCGUUCAGAGGAACCUCGAACAAAUUAUACACACCGAACAAUGGGAAGUUCUUGGGACUAGUACAACUAGUAGACAAGUUUGAUCCGAUCAUGCAGGAACACUUGAAGUUAGCAAUGGCAGGUGAUAUUUCAAACCACUAUUGCGGAAAGGAUAUUCAAAAUGAAUUAAUAGAUCAGAUGGGCGGAAAAGUCAAAUCUGAAAUUGUAUCGCGAACCAAAAACUUCAAAUAUUAUUCCAUCAUAGCUGACUGCACUCCAGAUAUAAGUCAUAUUGAACAACUUUCUUUAACAAUUCGAUUCGCUGAUUUAUCAGAUGACAAUACAGGGUGA